AUGAAAAAUACUAUCAAUGCUUGUACUUCUACAACAGGAGCGGCUGCUCAGCUAUUUGCAUCAGCGAUAAAUUUUCUGGCUGCAACUCAAUGUAUCAUACCAGAAACACAUCGCCAUUAUGUCGGAGAUCAUGAAACCUACGACUUCAUUAUCAUCGGUGGAGGUUCAGCUGGUAGCGUAGUAGCAAGUCGACUCAGUGAAAUAAAGAAUUGGAAAAUAUUGCUCCUCGAAGCUGGAUCUGAGCCUCCUAUAGAAUCUGAUAUACCAUAUCUGGGACAAUAUCUUUUCCAAUCUAAAUAUGAUUGGCAAUAUUACACUCAAAAUGAUGGUGUGAGUCAUCAAGCACUUAAAGCUGGCUCUGUAUAUUGGCCUCGCGGAAAAAUGCUAGGUGGGUGUAGUUCAAUGAAUGGAAUGGCAUAUGUCAGAGGAAGAGACUGUGAUUUUCAAGCAUGGGAAAAUGCUGGAAAUCCAAAUUGGACCCCAGAAAAUGUUAAUUACUAUUUUAAGAAAGCGGAAAGUUUUCAACAUUCUGAAUUAUUAGAUGAUCCUGACAUAAGAGAUACAUAUGGUUACUUAGGUCCACAAGUAAUUAAUACUUUUAAUAUCACAUACAGGGAUAUCACUGAAAAGGUUUUAGAUUCUUGGGAUUCUAUGGGGUUUAAACGCGUGGCAGAUAUUAAUGCAUCUAAAUUUAAUGGGUUAGGAGUAUCAGGCAUUUUAAGAUCAACAGCUGCAGAUGGGCGUAGGUAUAGUACAUACAAAUCAUAUUUGGAUCCUAAUAAAAAUAGAAAAAAUUUAAAAAUUCUUACUAAUGCAUUUGUUACUAAAGUUUUAAUUGAUGGCAAUAACGACGCAUAUGGAGUUGAAGUCGAUAUUACGAAACAAAAGAAAACAUUUUAUGCGAAUUAUGAAGUAAUAAUAAGUGCAGGAACAGUAAAUACUGCACAAUUAUUAAUGUUAUCUGGCAUCGGUCCUGCAGAACACUUAUUAUCUAAGAACAUUUCAUGUAUUGUCAAUUUAGCGGGGGUAGGUAAAAAUUUACAAGAUCAUAAUUACAUUCCUAUCGCAAUUUAUGGAGAUGAACCAAGACAAGAAAAUGAAGAAGAAAAAUUAUUUGAAGUCGCAAAAUAUAUGUUUAAUAAAACUGGACUCCUAGCACAUAAUACUAUUUCCGAUAUUGCAGCAGCAUCACAAUCCACGGAAGCCUUCAGAAAUUUACCCGGCUUAGUUGGGGGAAGGGAGGCUUAUGUAGGAUUCUUACCCUCUAAAAUCACUGCGUUGGCCGUCCUCGGCAUGGAUCGGAGAGGUUGCGGGCCCCUUUCAUUCUGUGCUCCACUCGUGUCGGAGCUCUCCUCAGGGGGCGAAAGUAAUCUUCCGCACUCCUCGUUAGUGUGUACAGCAACGUGA